AUGAACAAGCCCGAAGAACACGAUGCUCCACCAACGUAUUCCCCAUCAUCGGAAUACAAUUCCAUCGACGAAAAGAUAGAAAACCCCAUGAUCGUCCUGCCAGAACAAAACGAACCCGGGCUUGCCGUUGCAUCUGCCCUCAGCCGAGGCCUGCAAGUACCAUCCAGAUCCGGAGCCUGCACAUCGGGCUUCGAGUAUCCAGACGAACUAUCUCAUUACGGCAUCUCCGAAGACCACUGGGCCCAGUUCACACAAGUAAUCUGCGACGAGGCUAAGCUUUCACGUCGACAAUGGACCAUCGUGGUUGGAAAAGGCCUGGGCAUAAUGGCCGUGGGCGGGGUGAUGGUCGGCAUUCUGGGAGCUAUCCCUGCGAUCUUCGUUGCCCGUCUCACGAAAAAUCGAAAAGAACAGCGAAAUCUGAUCGCGUCACUGGCUGGAGAUCGUGGUGAACAUCUUGCUCGUCAUAUCUCGCAUUGGAAUGAGACGGUCUUUCGGCCUAGGGGUGUUUUGAUCCGGGUCGAUUUGCCCGAUGAAUAUUUGAAUGAUAUUGAAAAAAAGGAUAUUCGUGCAGGUGGUGGGACGACAUGGUCUCCUAAGAAGUCUCCGUCUCUAGAUAAGGCUGCGCUCAAGAUGGCGCUUAAAGCGAGAAUUGUGAUUAUUCCUUUGGAUGGGUCUAUGGCAACGAAUAAUUCUUCAAAUUAG